AUGAGCUGGGUAAUCCUAGGACACACCUGGGCCUUCACAGCCACCAGUCAAUUUGGCUCAAACUUUGGGCCGUACGUCUCAAACUUUUUCAAAAGAAGAUCAGCUCAGGCAAUCCUGAAUGCCCUUUUUUCUGUUGACACAUUCUUUGUGUUGAGCGGACUACUAACAUCAUAUUUGACUCUGAAACAGAUGAGUAAAGUAAAGGGAAAAAUAAACUGGUUUCUGUUUUACUUUCAUCGCUUUUGGAGACUGACACCAGCUUACAUGAUGUUAAUAGCAGUAGCAGUGGGAGUCGCACACCACGUGGUUAAUGGACCAAAUGCACCAAAACCCGAUACAGUCUGUCCUAAAUACUGGUGGUGGAAUCUCCUCUACAUCAACAACUUUGUUGACAGUUCCGCAAAUCUGUGUUUAGGAUGGUCAUGGUAUCUGAAUAAUGACAUGCAGUUCUACAUCUUAAGUCCAGCUAUGAUUGUACCGUUGUUUUUUAAAGACAUAAUUGGUAUCAUCUCCUGUGGUAUAUUUCUUGCGGCUACGACGAUCACCACUGGUGUGUUAAGUCACCACUACAGCUGGAAUCCCUUGGUUGUUGGGGGUGGCAAGCAUCCAGGUGGUGAUGUAUUCAAGGACUACUACAUUAAACCCUACUGUAGAAUGGGUCCAUAUAUUUGUGGAAUAUUUACUGGAUACCUAUUGUACAAAUUCAAGAAUAAAUGCCAAAUCAAUAUUUUUGUAAAUCUAGGAAUUUGGGGAGUGGCAACAGCUUGUGCAUCAGCAGCGCUGUAUGGACUUUAUGAUGCUUUUAAUGGUCAUCCUUUAUCCAACGAAGUUUCGUCUCUUUAUAAUGCUUUAAGCAGAACUGUUUGGGGUGCUGCUGUCUGCUGGGUUAUCUUUGCAUGCGCAACCGGAAAUGGUGGGCCGAUCAAUACGAUCCUUUCUUGGAAAGUAUUGGUGCCAUUGUCCAGACUGACAUACUGCGCCUAUCUCGUACACCCAUUAAUAAUAUACGCCUACAACGGGAGUCACCCUCAAACAAUCUAUCUAAGUGAUAUUGACCUCAUUUACAAGUUCAUAGCAAACCUCGUGAUUUCCUAUGGAGUUGCGUUGGUUUUCUCGAUAUCUUUCGAGUCUCCUUUCAUGGGUCUGGAAAAGGUCCUGCUGUCUGGUUUUUCCCAAAAAAAGUGAAAACAAUCAACCUAAAAACAAAGUAAAUGGAAAUGCUGACAUUU